AUGAAACCAGAUAAUGAUGCUGAGCCGGAAGAAACUCACGGCGAAGUUACUACUGAUGGUAAGUUUGAACGAUACAAUGUACUUGGACAGAUCUUCGAAGUUACUGCAAAGUAUAAGCCACCGACCGACCCUAUUGGCAGAGGUGGUUAUGGCUUCGUUUGUUCGGUUACGAACUCGGAGACAAAUGAGAGAGUCGCUGUAAAGAAAAUCGUAAAUGCAUUUGUUAACCAAACCAAUGCAAAGAGAGCUCUCCGUGAAAUCAAGAUUCUCCGUCACUUGAAACAUCACGACAAUGAGGAUACAGAGAGGUUUGAUGCAGUUUAUUCCUCGUUGAAAGAGAGGUUUGAGGCAGUUUAUCCCUUGUUAAAAGAAGUAGCCCUUGCACCAGGAGGAAACGACGAAAUCCUGGUGUGGCCGAGGAAGCUGCAGCAAUCGCUAUAUAAGGGGUAUCUAAGAGUUAGCGUUGCUCUUCUUGGAAAGCUUGUAGACGAAUGGAAUGAUCAUUCCCCUAAAUUGUUAUUGUCAGCAAGUGAUACUCUCACUGCUAUGAAUAGCUUCAGGGAACAGAACGAAAAAGCCAUCUCUAUAAGAGUAUACAAUUCUUCAGUUUACGAAGAAGGUGAGAGGUACUGCAAAUUCAUCGCAAGGAGGCUCUUCCCUGGAGGUGGAAGCCAUGGAUCCACAUUUAGGAUGGAUAAGGAAAAAUUGGCUGAUAUGUAA